GGGUAGUAUUGAAAUUGGCCAAUCAGAAACUAGGCCAGGUCACAAAUUUUGAUUUGAAACCCUACAUGGAAACUUGAAGGAUCGCUGUGAUUUUAAAUGACCAACAUUAAUAGACAGACAAAAUAAUGUCCGCGAGAAGUCAUGAGGAGAUGCAGCAGGAGCUGGGCAAGUGCCUGGGCACCACGCUGAACAGAUUACAAAACAUCUGGGACGAGAUAGGGAUUCUGGACGAGCAACGACGAGAGCGCACGGACGUUGUGUUCCUGCACCUGCGUAACCUGCUGGAAGAGAUGGUGAAGGAGGAGGAAUCUCUAAAGACCAACCUGCUGCGCAAUGUGGAAACAUACGGGGCAGACAUGCUGAAGCUGAGCAAAGAGCUCGCUGUACAACCCUAUGAGCCUCCAGAUGGUAUAUCAAUCCUUCAGCUUGAGAAGGAGCUCCGGACUAAAGUGGAUGUCAUGCAAAAAGAGAAGCAUAACAGACUGAAAACCCUGAAGAAGCUGCGUGAGCAGGACCAGCAUGUGUGUGACAUCCUGUGUACAACACCCUAUUACAUUCCCUCAGGCACAGUGCCCAGUGAGGAGGAACUGAACUCAUUAAGGGAACAUAUUGCUUCACUGGAGGAAGAGAGG